AUGGCUUGGCGAAGUCAUGGAGUUAACAAUGCCGACAUGAUACGUAAUCUAAGAGCCAAUGGAAUCAUAAAAUCAGAUACUGUUGCUAAUGCUAUGCUGGCAGUUGAUAGAAAGAACUAUUGUCCUUAUGCACCUUAUCAUGACUCACCACAAUCUAUUGGAUACUCUGCCACCAUCAGUGCUCCGCACAUGCAUGCCCAUGCUUUAGAGAGAUUGAAAAAUCAAUUGAUACCAGGUGAAAAGGCGCUAGAUGUUGGUUCAGGAUCAGGGUACCUAACAGCUUGCAUGGCUAUCAUGUUAGGUGAACAGGGAAUGAUUGUUGGUAUAGACCAUAUAUCAGAACUUGUAAAUUUAGCUACAAAAAACAUAAAGAAUGAUAAUCCAGGACUGCUGAAAUCAGAAAGAAUUAAGCUUAUAACUGGAGAUGGUCGUCAAGGUUACCCUGACGAGGCUCCUUACAAUGCUAUUCAUGUCGGAGCAGCAGCACCUACCUUACCUCAAGCUUUAGUUGAACAAUUAAAGCCUGGUGGGCGCUUAAUUGUACCAGUUGGACCUGAAGGUGGAGAACAACAUCUGACACAAGUUGACAAAGCGGCUGACGGUACUACGACCGUAAAGAAAUUGAUGAGUGUAAUCUACGUCCCCCUUACCGACAAGAAUCAUCAAUAUCGUGAGUGA